AUGUCGCUCGCCAUGGCCACCCCCACCGCCACCGCCGCCGCCCACCUCGCCUCGCCCCUCUUCUUCUCCUCACCCCCAGGCCCCCGCAGCCGCCGAGCCCUCAGAACCCCGUUCCGGCGCACCCGCAUCGCCGUCGUCGCCUCCGUCCCCGACCCCGCCGAGAAGCCGGUGCAGUACACGCCCUGGCUCAUCGCCGGCCUCGGCAACCCCGGCAGCAAGUACCAAGGCACUCGCCACAACGUGGGGUUCGAGAUGGUGGAUCGCAUCGCGCGGGACGAAGGGAUCGUGAUGAACACCAUCCAGUCCAAGUCCCUGCUGGGAGUAGGUUUAAUUGGGGAGGUACCAGUGCUGCUGACAAAGCCACAAUCAUACAUGAAUUACUGUGGUGAAGCAAUUGGACCGCUUGCUGCCUAUUACCAAGUACCGCUGCGGCACAUUCUUGUGAUUUAUGAUGACAUGAGUCUGCCCAAUGGUGUAUUGCGACUUCAACGGAAAGGUGGCCAUGGCCGCCAUAAUGGCCUACAGAAUGUUAUUGAGCAUUUGGAUGGCUGUCGGGAGUUUCCUCGUUUAUCUAUAGGCAUUGGUAGCCCACCUGGUAAAAUGGAUACACGAGCUUUUCUUCUGCAGAAGUUUAGUUCAGAGGAACGAAUUCAGAUUGACACCGCGUUGGAGCAAGGGGUGGAUGCUGUGAGGACCCUUGUGCUGAAGGGUUUUAGUGGAAGUAUUGAGAGAUUUAAUCUGGUGCAGAAGUACAAGUUCAACAGGGCUUGA